AUCAAGAACAACAAGCCAGUAGUAGCAAAGGGUACAACUACUGCUCAUUUUGUAAAAUUCAUAAAUGAGCUUCUUGAUAUCAUGGACGUGGACGAAAGACUUAUGGGUAAUUAUUUUGUUAAUGGAGAAAGAAUUGCGGAUGUAUGCCCCAGUCAUCUCAAUGGAUUUUAUAGACACUCUAAGCGUCAAAUCAUCAACUGCCAUAAUAAAACGAACAUCCAAUUAGCUGAGACAAAAUUUACCAGCCGCACUGUACAUAAAAUUCAGUGCAACAUCACUUUAAGAAAAGAUGUGUAA